CAGAGGCGAGGCUGAAGCCUCUCUCGUAGAACCAAAAAAAAAAAAGAAUUUCCGUCACAAAAGAAAAGUCAAUAUCAAUACCUUUGUUUUUUUUUAAUCUAAUUUGUUUGUAUAAACUAGAUUAGCGAGAUUAGGGUUUUUUUUUUGUGUCAAUGGCGUCUUCUUCGUCUGCAUCUGCAAAGGACACGGAUCGGAUAAAGGGACCAUGGAGUCCUGAGGAAGAUGAAGCGUUGCAGAGGUUAGUUCAGACGUACGGACCGAGGAACUGGUCACUGAUUAGCAAAUCGAUCCCUGGUCGAUCGGGGAAGUCGUGUCGGCUCCGGUGGUGUAACCAGCUCUCGCCGGAGGUGGAGCACCGGCCGUUUACGGCGGAGGAGGAUGACACAAUCAUCAGAGCACAUGCGAGGUUCGGGAACAAGUGGGCGACCAUCGCGAGACUUCUCAAUGGUCGCACCGACAACGCCAUUAAGAACCACUGGAACUCCACGCUCAAACGGAAAUGCUCAUCCAUGGCCGACGGCGGAUCCAGCGAUGCCGAUCUCGAGCAGCCGCUCAAGAGAUCGGCGAGCCUCGGCGCCGGUACGAAUCUCUCGACGUGUCUGAGUUUGAAUCCAGGAAGUCCCGCUGGAUCGGAGCUUAGCGACUCGAGUUUGCCCGGAGGUUGUUGCGCAGUGUCGGCUUCUCCGGUGUACCGACCGGCGGCGAGAACUGGCGCGGUCCUUCCUCCGGCGACGGAUCCGCCAACUUCUCUCAGCCUCUCGCUACCGGGAUCCGGGCUGUCCGAGCCCAUGAGUCACGGAUCCGAUUCCAACCGAGUCACCAGCCCGCCGAGUCAUCAUCAUCCCCUUCCGAAACAUAGCUUCGCGCGACUACCACCAGCUCCCCCUCCUCCGCCGCCGCCAUCUCAGGAGGUUCAUGGAGGCGGGGAGAUGGGAUUGGACGAGCAGUUUUUCAGCAAGGAGUUUUUGGCUGUGCUGCAGGAGAUGAUAAGGCAGGAAGUGAGGAGUUACAUGUCGGGAAUCGAUCAGAAGGGGAUCUGUUUUCAGACGGAAGCGAUCAGGAAUGCAGUGGUGAAACGGAUUGGAAUCAGCAAGAUUGAUUGAAGGAUGAAUCUGGAAAACGAAAUGAGUUGAUUUAGCAAAUGCCCACCGAGUUCGAACACAUGGAAAAUGGGAAUUUCCCUGGAAAGGGUUAAUCUGAUUAGGGCAAAAAACGAAAAACGCUCACAGGGUAAAGAGAAAGGGAAAUGCUUCCGUUUCUUCUAUUUCGAUCUUCUCUCUUUUUUUUUUUUUUGCAGUGAAAUUGGAAAAGAAAUAAGUUUGGGUUUAGUGUAGAGGAGAAAGGGUAACGAGAGAAGUGACUGUUGGAUGUGGAGAUUAUGUCCAAAAUGAGGGUUUGGUUUCUGUUAAGUGUCGGAUUCCAUGGAGCUAUAAAGGAAAAAAAAAAUCCUCCUUUGAACAAUAAUCCAUUUAAAAACGGAUUUA